AUGAUCACCGUUGAGGAGUCCAACUUGCGCUACGCUGGCGCUGCUCUCAUCCUGCUCAUUGGCAUCUACAAGUAUGUGGGCAUGAUGUCUGCUGGGGUCUUCAACUACACCUCCAUCGCCGCCGACGCUGCGGCUGCUUGGGCGGUCUUCGAGAAGAGGCUGCAGGCGCUGCAGCUGGGUGGCCCUUCCGCGCUGGUGGGCGCUUUGGUUGCCACGGUGGCGGCUGCAGUGAACGGAGAGCUGGCAGCCGUGGCGGGGACCAAGUUCCGACACUUCAAGGUUGCGGAGCCAUUGGCCUCAUCUCAGUCGUUAUCGCUCAGGCCCUUCUUUCGAGGUUGUGCUGUGGGCUUUUACAAGCUGCUUGAAGCAUGGCUGCCCAACCGCUCGCCAGUGCAAGAGGAGAAAGAAGGAAAGAACCAGUAUUCCGUCGAUCCCAGGUUUCCUCAAGUUUGCAAGAUCGCAUCCUUACUGGAGCCCGAGCUCUAUAUGGCUCAGGCCGACUUCGACACUGGAGACCUGGUGGUCUUAGGCGAGGUGCCUGGCUCGGCCUCCGGCGCGGCCGCGGUGGUGUGUGAGAUGACGCCCUUGGACUGCCGCGUGGCGGUGCUCGACCCCUCGCGGAGCUCCAAGGUGGCAGAGACGCCCAGCUGCACGGGCCGCGGGGCUGACGCGGCUGAAGUGGCCGGGGGGACCUACGUCAAGUCCUCGGACCUGCGUUUGAUCCACCGCGACUGGCGUAUCGGCCGGCGCCACAUCAUUGGCGGUUUGCAGUCCUCACGGAUGAAGCACCUGAAUGGGCUCAGUGCCAGCGUGAGGGAACACCGAAGAUAUGGGCACCCCUGCUUCGUUCCCAAGCCGGAGUCCGACGAUCAGAAGUUACGCCUUUGCGUCCGCUGGGAGCACGAGGGCGCCAGUGGCGCAUUGCUGCUAGAGCCUCGCUUCCUCACCCCCUGUGUCGAGAGGCCCGAGGAGGAGGAGGACAAGACCUUGCUGACAGCGAAAAGACGCCUUCACCUCCAGGCAGCUGCGACCGCAGCACCUUCAAAACUUCCAGAAGCUCUUGAAGCACUUAAGACGCAGCCGCAGACACAGCCGCAGCCGCAGCCAUUGCAAGCCACCAGCGUCGCACCCAUCGAGGGCGCGAUCGAUGAAGUGGAGCCGAGGAUUUGUCACGUCUCCAAUGUGGAAAGCUUAACUCCUAUGCCUCCGAACUGCUCUGGCACCUUCCUUGGCGCACUCUCCUGGCUCGUGGGCGCGCAUACGCGGCAUGUGGAGGAAGAGUUCCCCACGGUAAUUCGUUUGUCUUCGGUGCUGGCAGCUGAUCCACAGCCUCGAGAGCAGUUGCCCGGAACCAUUCAGGAAGGGCUCACGGGACGGAGUCCCAUGAGGUUAUCAUGGCUGCUGCCGAUCUCAGAGACGCCGGAGCUGGGAGAUGAUCCUGACCUCAUCUUUGAGCCCACUGAGCGGUUGCAUGGAAUCAGCGAGACCUUGGAACAAGGCGACCUGGUUCUGCUCGACCGUGGGCUCCAGCCCUCAAGGUUUGCCUCCUGUCCAGCAGUGGUGAAAGGUCUGAAUAGCUCGGGCUGUAGCGUGGCCGUGCUCGACGAGUCGCGGAGCAUCUUCAUCGGUGAGUUGCAUGUGGCCCUCUCUGACGUGGUGCUGGUGCAUUCGGAUUGGCGUUUGGGGACACGUGUAGUUCUUGGUGGUCUUCAGAGCAGUCACAUGGUGCAUUUAAAUGGUUUGUCUGCAGUCAUUUGCCCGCACAAGCGUCACGGCCAUCCAUGCUUCGUUCACAAGCCCAGCUCUCCGAACACGGGCGAGUGGCUGACCUUGUGUAUUCGCUUUGACGAGCCGAAGAAAUCGUCCAUGCACGCCGUUCUACUGGAGCCUCGAUUCCUGGUGGCGGACGGCCGGGCACGUCCACAAGCACAUCCCGGAACACCUCGCUUGGAAGGGUGUACCCCGUGGGGGCCUCAGAGGGACGGCUUGUGA